AUGAACAAUCACCUCCUGGGCGGCUACAAUGUGCUUCUUGGGAACUCCCACAAGGAUGCACGCAAGGCACGAAAGCCGGGAUGCACAGCGGGAGCGGGGCACACUUUCAACGAGCCUCCAAUGAGUGGAUCCGAUGCCAUCUGUGCAGCUGGUGCCCACUGCCUCGAGAGCGCCAUCUCAGAGCGAGCAACAGCCGGCGACAGGGCUGCCCGUGCUGCCAAGCUCAGCCCAACGAGUCCAAGAAACCAAAAUGCCCUCGUCCUUGUCGACCCAACAAGCAAGGCGCUACCGGCCUACUGCCCUCCACGUUUCAUUUCAUCAAUCACUUCCUUGAAACACGUUGUUUGA